UGGCGAAAGGUUGGGGAUUUCUUGAUUCUGGGAUUUAGGCUUAAAAGAUGUUUACAUGUCGAGCUUGUACGAGGAGGUGUCUCCAGGCACUCAUCAGAGACUCAGCUAUCAAUACUACACAUUCACAACUCAUAAUCCCGCAAAGACAACUGUAUAGAUCAUUUGCAUCAAAUGCGACGGAUUCUGAUAGUUAUACCUACCGACCUGUCUCCCAAGAUGAAGGGUCCUUUGAGGAAACGAAGAGUAAAACCGCCAAAAGACAGGAGUGGCUAGAUUCGAGGGGACAGAGGCCUGUGGACAAGAAGCCAGCUCCAGUCGAUCCGAGAAUUGACGAUAAGUUUAUUUGGAAGCUCAAACAACUACAAGAUCCCUUGCAGCUCGCCAACUACGUCCGGAAACUUCUUUCGGAGGAUGAUUUCGAGAAGGCAUUACUUUACGUGCGAUCUGCGAGUAAAAAUGUUGAAUGCGUCGUCAGUUGGAAUCAUUUGAUUGAGUGGCAGCUCAGUAAAGGCCAAUUGAGUUCCGCAUUUAAGACAUAUAAUGAGGUUUGUUACAACCACAACUGAUUUGAAUUGUGUUGACCAUAUGACUGUAGAUGAAAAAACGAGCACAAUUUCCAGACGCGCAAACCUAUACAAUCAUAUUCAAAGGCUGCAGUGAAAGUCCGUAUACCAAACAAGCUUUCGAGAAGGGAUUAGCAUUAUACACUUCGAUGCUCUCUGCUGAUUCUCGGCUCAAACCCAAUACUAUUCAUAUGAAUGCGGUACUUCGGCUCUGCUCAAGAGCGGGGGAAGAAGAAGCCCUACUAGGAAUUGCUGCUCAAAUGCCUGCCGAGGGUUUCGGCGCACCCGAUAAUCUCACCUUCACAACUAUAUUAAAUGCAUUUCGCUUGAAAGCUCUUGGUCAACGGGACAUGCCUGAAAAGGAGGCGUUAAAAUUGAAACGGAAAACGAUUGAUAGUGCGCAUCGAAUGUGGGGAGAUAUUUACACACGUUGGCGCAAAGGUGAUAUAUUGGUCGAUGAAGAGCUUGUUUGUGCCAUGGGCCGGACUUUAUUAAUUGGUUCGGAAGAAGACCUUGAUGAUAUCCUAUCCCUUGUUGAGCAAACUAUGAAUGUCCGACGUCAAAUGCCUCGGCGAGGUACUAAGUCACGCCAAAAGAUUGAGCCAUCCCUUCAAGGACAGUCUAGACCUGAUAGUAAGGCGUUGACUGAAAUACAAGAUGGCCAUAGUAGCAGUCCAAAAGACCUCGAUAUAUUUUCCAGCUCCGGAACUGCAGUGGCUUUAUUGCCCAGAUCGCAUGUUUAUGCUACGCCUGGGCAGAACACAUUAUCUAUGAUGCUCAAGGCAUUAUUGACCCUAACCAAGAAGGAGACUGCAACAAAAUACUGGCAAAUUUUCACAAAAGAGCUGGGAGUUGUGCCCGAUCAAGAUAACUACCAUAGAUAUCUAAGAAUUCUUCGACUCUUCCGAUCGAGUCGCGAGGCCUUGGAACUUUUAUCGGAAAUGCCCAAAGAAUUUUUGAAACCUGAAAACUUCCGCCUCGCCAUGAGCACCUGCGAGCGCGACAAGAACAACCCCAACGUCUUUGCUACGGCUGGCAAAAUCCUCGACAUCAUGCAAAUGAAUCUCGAAGUCCCGGACAUCAAAACCUUGGUCACCUACAUGGACGUCUCCAUUUCCUCUUCCCUCACUCGAAAACCAUCUGGCAACAGACCCACCAAAUACGAACAAGGGAAACAAAUCUCCCGCGCUCUCGAACGCGUAGGUCCAUCCUACCUCAACAUCCGUGCCCUCGCCAUGUAUGGCAACCCCGUCGCCACCGACUACGAUCGCUUACGCGACGUCGACUUUAAAAACGAAGUCAUCUUACUCAUACGCCGCAUAAUAGGCGCCUGCGAUAUCCUCAUGGACAAAAGUCUCGUGCCCCGCGACGCCUAUGGAGAAAUAAUCAGUCGCCGCAAUAAACUUGUAGCCUACGAAGCCCGCGUCAAACCAGCCCCCGACGGAUCCAAAAAAUACUCCAAAGGCUACCGAUACAAACUGGAACCCGAGGAAGAAGAACAGGAAGAAGAAAACCACAAACCUAUCGAUCGUCGCACCGACGAAUUCUCCAAAUUGCAAUUCAGAAAGGCCGUUUCAAGGGGCUUGGCUCCAUUCGCUGCUACCCAGGGUUAUGUAGGUCGUGUUCAGCCUUUUGCAAAUAGGAAGUCGAAUGUUGGGGCUCCUGCAUCGUUUGCGAACAGAAAGCCAAAUGUGGAGACAUCUGCGAGUUUUUGAUUACUGUCAUUAUCAUGUAUAUGUUAUUGUCUGGCGCUCGGAAAUGCCGCUUGCAUGUUCAUGCCAUAUUUAAUUUAAUGAAAUCACCCAACCUGUACAAUACAUAAACUAGGUACUCUAUACUGUACACAUUCGAUACAACAAUCGAUCGAUUCAUCUACUUCACAAGCAAAGCCGAGCAAAAAAAAUAUGA